AUGCAGCUCGAGCCUGCGACCCCAUACGCGACCCAACUUAACCUCAACGUCAGGCCAUGGCAACAACAUCUUGGGCGACCAACGACUUUGCGACCGCUGCUCCAAGACAUCACCGCCUCCAGCCGCGUCUCCGAGUGUCAUGCCGCUUCGGCGCAGCCCGAGUUGGCCAUGACAACCACGUCAGCUACUCCGGAGGCCUCGAAAGCUCGGACUGGCGCUUUGCGACAUAAGCCUACCGCCUCGAAUGCUUCCAGAGCCGCGAUGCCGACAAACCGCCGCCUCAACCGUGCAUCUACGGUUGAUCCGUUGUCUGACCGAGCAACUCAGGCGCUCAUCCGCAAAGUGCUUCUACCGCAAGAGUCGGGCGACAAGGGUCGAGAUUCGCAAACGCCAAUAGAAGAGCUCUUGCCGCCCCUCACGAGCCGCAACGACGUCGAUCUACAACUCUACGCCUUUCUCGCCAUUAUACUACGAGAGUUUGUACAGAGUUGGUACAAUAGGAUCACGCCGGAUGAAAGCCUUGUUGCUGAGAUUCUCCAUGUCAUUGCGCAUUGCACGCGAGCCUUGGAGCAGCGGCUACGCAAGUUAGAUUUGGAGAGUUUGCUCUUACAUGAGAUUCCCGAGAUGCUAGACAAACAUAUCACAACGUAUCGCUCUACACAUCCGGAAUCUCCCACAUUUCAAUCAACCUUCGUUAAUGGCCGGGAGGCAUAUCACGCUCUCUGGCCACUGCCACUCUUGUCACCUGUUCCAAUUUCCGGCGACCCCAUAACAACCUCUAAGCAGCUCAGGAACGAAGCUGCAUAUCGGCAGCUACUAGUACAGGCCGUUCUCACCGUUCUGCUCCCGACGGAGGACUUGGAGAAUCCUUGUCUAACAGCACUAGUUGAGCAGAUUUUCUCUGAGCUGAUUAUUGGAAAUGCUAUAGCAAACAAGGCGGUCCAGCCGUGGCUGCUGUUCGAAGCCAUUUGCAUUGUUGAGCGCGUCUUGACCGACAAGAGGUGGGAAAGCAAUGGCCUGAAGGCCUCAGGAGUAAAAAUUCACCUCGGAAGUCCCCGCAGCUGGUCUGUCCAAGGAUUCUUCGUCUCGAUUAUUCAAUUUGCGCUUAUAUCGAUGUCUGCAAUCCGAUUCGCCUUCAACUUGAUAACAAUGUCGUCAUCACUGCCACCUCGAGGCCCAGUGGUCUCCGACAAGAAGCUGGCGCCAGAGGUUUCAGUCGCCAAGGGAAACACAUCACAAGACACCCAGUCCACACCGCCCAAAGUACCAGUGCUGUCAUUCAGCGCAUGGGGCUGUUUAGGCAAUGUGAUUGAACUACAGAGAAGAAUGCCCUGGCUCGGCGGCUUUUUCUCUCUCCUCCAGCUCGGAGUGAUUCAUGGGCCGGGCCGCGUGGCAAGGCUUGACGGCGUCCUGGACAGGUUCCUCUCGCAUCGCAUCCAAUUGCUCUUCUCGGCAUCCCAUCUUCCCCCCGUCCUUCAGAUGCUUCGGGGCGUGCUGUUCCCCAACAAUGCGCCAGGAUCUUCGUCCCUACUCCCACCUUCCUCGGAUAGAGAGCUAUAUGCGCUUCGUAGAAGGGCUGCCAGGGCCCUCUGGAACAUGGCUCCUCAGAGUGUCAGCCGCCUAUACUUUGGCGGUGGUCUAGGCGCAGCCAUGGGCCAAUUAGCUGAGGCUGAGGAGGAGGAAAUGGUGGACGAGUUGGAAGGGUUGUUGGGUGUGCUGGGUGACGAGUACUGUAACAAGCACUUGGUGUAUAGUGUCUUGGAGCUCAUUCUAGUGCGGUUGAUGCCGGAGUUGUGUGAUAAUGGUGUUGACGACCUUUUACAUGAAAGAUUGGGGUGA